AUGAUUUUCAGUAAUGAAAUUGAAGCUGUAAAACGAAAACUAAGUAUCCUCACUGCGGAAAGAGAUUCAACAAGAAAGGAGCUGGAGAAAAGUGUUCGAGAAGCGCCUUCCAAGGCAGCACUGGUAGAUCUGCAGAAGAAACUUGAGAAUAGCGAAGCGGAGCGCCUCAAGCAGUCAACCAAAUUUGAGCAACUGCGGCAGAUAGCGCGUCAAUACAAGCACAAAUCGCAGACACUUGAAAAAGAGCUGGAAACAGCGCAGGCUCAGAAAGACGAAAAAUCGGCUGCAGAUGACAGUGCUGCUGAAAUUGCACGACUGAAGCAGGAACUGGUUGCUGCGCAUGCAGAAAUCGAAAAGCAGAAACAACAGAAAACGUUGCCGCGAACAGGCUGGCCGACUGAAGCGAUGACAGGAACCACACAAUCGAAAACAGCGCCACUUCUCCACACGCAGCUGAAACAGGUGGAAGAACUCAACCUUCAGAAUAAGGAUUUGUCAAAUAAGGUGGAGGAGCUGACGAAAAAAUGUGGUGAUUUAGAAGGCAAAUUAAGUGAAUCCGAAAUGAAACUUGUUGAACUAAAACAAGAAAACGACACGAAAGAAGAGCUGCGUUUCCGUCUGAAUUCGAUCACCAGCAUGUUAACUAAAAAAGAACAGGAAGUAGGUCGUUUGACUGAGGAACUGGAGAAUGCCAAGCUUCUGCACAGUGAACUCAUCGAGAAAAUUAGCUCUCUGGAAGCUGCAUUGGAAGAAAGUCGCAAAGAGUUAGCGAACAUUCGUGCUGCUGCUUCUGCUGUUAUUAAACCUGUCAGAAGUUUGCAGAGUAAUGCAGUGAGUCAGUCAUCAUCCGGUGUAGCAAUUCAAGCACGACAGCCCCAGCAUGACGUUAUUUCUGGAAGCGGCGACGGAACGAAUGUUAUUACAAGUAGUGUAGCAAGCGGAGAUGCGGCAGUACCACCACAGCCCAUUGCAUCGCAGAUUCACGCACCGGGCAGCACCUUUUCCAGAAAGCGCGUCUAUGAAGCUUCAAGUGAUCAGUCGUCUUCAGUUGAGGUUGGAUCAGAUGUUCUACAAUCGAGCAAGCGACACCGUGGCAGUCCUAUGGAGCAGGUAUGUUCUUUAUUGCUUAUUUAG